AUGUAUCGCCCGAGAAGAGACGCUGGCCGGGCUGGUCGCUUGGAGAUAUCUCCGUCUCCAGAACCUCAGCAACCCACCGCAGCCGCUGAAUGUCGUGACCUGGAGCUUCCUACGGCUCGCCCACUUAGACGCAAUACACGGCCUGGCUUGAUUUCUGUAUCAGGUCCCCAAGCUGCUCAACCCACCAGUCGUCCACCCAGACCCUUUGUACUACCUGGUAUCACUCGCAUAACGCCUGAUAUGCCCCCUGCGAGGCUAUCUGAUAUGCCGCCCACUCGAACUCGAGCUCCCCGAGCUCAGCCUGCAAAUCGCACAAUUUGGAGCGGUAUGCGAAGCGGGGGGCCACCUUCAUUAUCAAGUUUAAAUGCACCAGCCGCUCAGUCUGCUCAGCAACCUCACUCUAUACCACGCGAGAGACCUCCUUCGUUAACAUCAUUGUCAUUUACACCAACCGCUCAGCCUGCUCAGCCUGCUCAGCCUGCUCAGCAUCCUGUGCCUCACUCAUACAGAAGCGUUGGAGUGCAAGUUAACUUGGCCCCUCCUCCAGCCCCUCCGCCGGCCCCUCCGUCAGCGACGAGAGGAAGAAGAGAAAGCAGACCGGACGUCACAACAACGACUAAGCGUGCUCCAUGGCAUCCUCCAAGAGCAAGUACUCCAUUUCGUCAUGUGAGAAAAAGUAUUCCAUCAGGUCAUGCCUCUGAUACGGCGAUAAACAAACCUGAAGCAACAAUAACUUCACCUGCUACAGCGACGAAUGCGCCUACAACUUCCUCUAUCCAUGAGUUCAUAUGCCUUUACAGCCAUGAUCUCCGCCGCAAGCACAAGAGAUGGCAAGAUGGCAUGCUGAGAUUUUAUACAUUCAAUCAGAAAUAUGUGGUUUAUGACCCAAGCUGGAUCUAUGUCGGGGACGGACACUGGCAGGGAGACGUAGAUGACUUCCAAGAGGGCCUCGAGAUCGAACUAGAUCGACCAAGGGCAUGUGUUCAAGUCAUAGAGCGCACAAUGACAAAGGAGCAAGACCUCUCUCAGGUCUUGGGCAAGCGUGCAAGGGAGGUCGAGGAGAGACGAGCUUCUAGGAAGAUACGAAGUGCCCCUGCGGCUCCAAUUCAAUUGAUGCCCCCCAAGAUUACGGGAGCAUGGAGCAAACACGCGGAGGAUUUGUUGGGGAGAGGCCGGCCGAUCCGUGGAUAA